AUGCCAAUAAUCGAUACCGGGCUGGACCUGCCCUCGCUGUUCAAAAAGCAGGUCCUAACAACCCCCAACGCCGUUGCCUUGGAGGAUGAGAAUGCUACAUACACCUAUGCGGAGCUCGACAAGGAAGUCCAAGCUCUUGCCGCUCGCCUGCGCCUCCGCGGGGUCGGCCGGGACACAUUGGUUGGAGUGCUCCUGCCUCGUAGCGCGCACUACGUGAUUGCGUGCCUGGCAGCUCUUCAGGCCGGAGGUGCAUUCUUAGUCUUGGAGCUUGCAUAUCCCCCGGGACUGCUCGCUGAUGUCAUUGAUGAUGCAAAGCCCGCCGUCGUGAUCACUAACCUUACUGAGGCCAACAAAGUGAAAGCCGAGUACCCAACCAUUGCCCUGGACGAGCCGAACCCUGAAGAGGAUCAGAUUACUACAGAGCUGCCCCUGAUGCCCGCGGAGGAUGACUUAGAUCGCCUGGCAUUUGUCUCCUACUCCUCUGGCACAACCGGCAAGCCUAAGGGAAUCGCCAACCCCCAGAGAGCCUCCGUACUUUCAUACGACCUACGAUUUGCGGUACAAAAUUUGCAGCCCGGAGACCGGGUAGCCUGUAAUGUAUUUUUCAUUUGGGAGAUGCUGCGUCCGCUACUCAGAGGUGCCACGGUCAUUUGUGUUCCCGAUGAAGUAAGCUACGAUCCCGCGGCGCUGGUCGACCUGCUCGAAGCCAAGAAGGUCACCGAAACUCUCAUGACACCUACCUUACUGGCCACAGUUCUCUCGCGCUAUCCACGAAUUGCCGCCCGUCUGCCUAAUCUACGAACCCUUUGGCUCAAUGGUGAGGUUGUGACCACCGAUCUCGCCCGUCGAGGAAUAGGAACCUUGCCCAAUACCCGCCUCCUCAACUGCUACAGUGCAUGCGAGACUCACGAGAUCGCAUGCGGCGAUAUCCGUGACCUGAUCGACACGGAUUCCCAUUACUGUGCUGUUGGUCCACCUCUUGUUCCAACGUACAUUCUCGAUGAGAAUGAAAAAGAAGUGGAAGCGGGUACUGCGGGUGAGUUGUUUGUUGGAGGAGACCUACUGGCUCGCGGAUACCUCAACCUCCCAGAAACGACUGCCAAGGCAUUCAUUCCGAACAAGUUUGAUACUAAGCCCGGCGCUCUCAUAUACAGAACCGGGGAUUUGGCACGGAAGCUGCCGGCGGGACAUCUAGAAAUUACGGGCCGGGUCGGUUCCAUGAUCAAGAUCCGUGGAUACUCAGUGGUCCCAGCCAAGGUGGAGAGUGAAAUCUGCCAGCACUUAGCUGUCAGCCAUUGUGCUGUCACCGCUCAUGGCGAUGGCCUCGAUUGUCAAUUGUGCGCUUACGUCGUGGCCGCUGAGAAGGAUGCCUCUGACUCUCGGCCACUGGUUGAGGUCAACGAGUCUGGACACAGCCCGUCCACUCGUCGCAUCCUCGAGCCCCAUCUCGCCCAUUACAUGAUUCCGUCUCUGUGGGUUGUGAUGAAGGAUUUGCCCACCCACGAGGUGUCUGGCAAGGUCGAUCUCAAAAGUCUUACUCCGCCUCGUACCCCUAGCCCCAACAGCAUUGAGCAUGCGGCGAAGAAGGAUCCAAUUAGCAUUGACGAUAUUGCGGCCCUUUGGGCGAAUGUCCUGAAAACUACGAAAUCUAAUUUGAAGCCUGAGGAUAAUUUCUUCGACCUUGGCGGUCAUUCUUUGUCGCUGGCAGACCUCGCAGGCCGAUUGUCUCGUCAUUUCGGUUUCCGUGUUUCAAUUCCACGACUCGCAGAGAAUGUGACACUCUCCGGUCAUCUGGACACGGUGCGUGCGGUCAGAGAUGGGCACACUGCUGCGGUGCAAGCGGAUCUUCCUGCCGUUUUGCUCGCCGACGCGACUCUUGAUGACGAGAUCAAGUCCCAUUCAAAUGCCACACUCACGUCUAUCGCCACGGCUGACACCGUGCUGUUGACCGGUGUGACAGGAUUCCUAGGUGCUUUCUUGCUCAAUGACUUGCUGGAAAAUACCUCGGCCAAGAUCAUCUGUAUGGUCCGGUUCAAGGACCCCGAGGAUGAUGACCAGGCUGGAGGUGUUGCUCGUAUUCGCCGCAACCUUCUCGACCUUGGCCUCUGGCGCGACUCAGUCAUGGAGCGUGUCGAGGUCCUUCCCGGCAAUCUGUCAAGACCUCACUUUGGUUUGGCGCCUGACGCAUACGAUGAUCUUGCCGCUCGAGUCCAAGUCAUCGUCCAUGCUGCAGCUACCGUCAACCUUGUAUACCCCUACGCGGCGCUACGCGCUGCCAAUGUUGGCGGGACUCGGGAGAUUCUUCGCCUUGCAGCCAAGGGCGGUGCGACCGUCCAAUACGUUUCCACAAAUGGUGUCUUGCCUCCUUCUGGGAAGAAGGGUUGGACUGAGAACAACACGCUCGAUGUCGAGGACGUCCCCACAAAGUUGCUUGAUGGUUACGGUCAAACCAAGUGGGUUGCUGAGCAGCUUGUCCUCAAGGCCGGUGAGUGCGGAUUGCCCGUGAAGAUCCACCGUUGCGGUACCAUUAGUGGUCACAGUCUCACCGGCGCAGCCAACGCAUGGGAUCUGCUGACCGCGUUGAUUGUCGAGUCAAUCAGACUUGGCUAUGCGCCAGAUGUCGAAGACUGGAGGGCAGAGAUGACUCCCGUCGACUUUGUGAGCAAGAGCAUCGUUCACCUCGCCACACAAACCCAGGCGGACCGAAAGAUCUUCCACCUGGGGGACCCCGAUCCGGUGAACAUUCGAUCUGUCUUUGAGAACCUGAACACUCUUGGAUAUCCUACCAAGCCACUCCCAUGGGAGGAGUGGGUGUCACUGUGGACUGAGAGGCGAGGUUUGGCCAAGGGUGGAGAUGGUUCUUUCACCGUCGACAUUCUUCGUAGUGGCAUGCCAACUGUGGAGUUCUUGCGCGGGAUUGUUGUUCUUGACAACUCCUUAACGAGACCUUUCCGAUCGGCGGUCGAGCGCCCCAAGGUUGACGCCCAGCUGCUCGAGACAUACACCCGACACUGGUUUGCUCGAGGAUGGCUCCACCGGGCACCUACCCGCCAACAAGCUCUUGCUCCGAAGCCCACCAUCCGAGGACCACUCAGUGGCAAGGUCGCCGUCGUAACUGGUGCCUCAUCGGGUAUUGGUGCAGCCGUCGCUGCUGCACUAGCAAAGGCAGGUUGUGCCGUUGCCCUUGGUGCUCGCCGCCUAGAUGCUUUGAAAUCCGUCAAGCGCCAGGUCGAUGUGUACGGUGUCAAGUGCGUGGUCCGAUCCACCGAUGUUACUAGCAAGAUACAGACCGAAGAACUCGUCAAGGCAGCCAGCGAAGAGCUCGGUCCUGUAGAUAUCCUUGUCUCAUGCGCAGGCGUGAUGUACUUCGAAAUGAUGAAGAACGUCAACUUCAACGAGUGGGAACGCACCGUCGACGUCAACUGCAAGGGUCUCCUUAACGCCCUCGGAACCACUGUGCCCGGCAUGCUUGAGCGCGGCCGCGGCCACGUCGUGGCCAUCUCCUCCGACGCCGGACGCAAAGUCUUCCCUGGUCUGGGUGUCUACUCAGCGAGCAAGUUCUUCGUCGAGGCGACGCUUCAAGCACUGCGUCUUGAAACGGCCGGUGCCGGCUUGCGUGUGACUGCCAUUCAGCCCGGUAAUACGGCCACUCCGUUAUUGAAUAUGUCGACGGAUACGGAGGCUGUCAAAAAGUUUGGCGAGCCUUCCGGUGCCAAGAUCCUUGAGCCUUCUGAUGUGGCGAACUCGAUUGUUCAUGCUCUGUGCCAGCCGGAGUAUGUCUCUGUGAAUGAGAUUUUAGUCGAGCCUCGUGAUGAGCCUAUCUAA